AUGACUGCCUCUAAUUUCAACUCAAAAUCCCAUCAACACACUCGCUCAAACAGCUUACCCACUAGAACACACCCUCUCAUUUCAGAAUUCAAUGACCAAUUGAGAAGAUCAAGAGAUCUUGAAGCAACCUCUUCAUCAUCAACAUCUAUAUGCCAGAAGCUAAAUGGCCUUCAAGAUUUGCAUGAUUGUGUUGAUAAGUUGCUCCUAUUGCCAUUCACACAAGCAUUAGCCCAAGAGCAGUGUGAGAAAUCAGUUAAUGAGAUUUUGGAUGGAUCACUCAGGAUCUUGGAUGUUUGUGAUAUGGCAAGAGAUGCCUUGUUGCAAACAAAGGUAUGCACACGUGAACUCCAAUCAACUCUGCGCAGAAGACAAGGCUAUAAAAUGGAGAUCACAAGGGAGGUUGAGAAAUACUUGGCCUCAAGAAAGGGAGUAAAAAAGGCAAUGAAGAAGAUCUUAAAGAGCAUGCAAAUUAAGUUUAUUUACAGGAACACCGAAGAUCUUCUCAUUAUUAGCAUGUUAAAAGACCUAGAAGCUGCAACUCUCAUUGGAUUUGAAUCCCUGUUGACUUUUGUUGGUAAAUCGAAGUUGCAAACAAAGUCAAGCAGCAGGUCUUUGGUUUCCAAGCUAGUUCACCACAAAAGAGUGGCAUGUGAGCGUGAAGAAACAGAUGCAAAUGAUUUUGAGAUGGUGGAUGCAGCAUUGCAAUCACUCAUCAGUCACAAGCCAAGCAAAUCUGAUUUCUCUUUGCUUAUUGAUAAUGUGCAGACUGGGCUCGGGAAGUUGGAAUUAAACAUUCAAGAUCUUGAAGUGGUGCUUGAAUGCCUUUCUAGGAGUAUUGUCAAAACUAGAGUUUCCCUUCUGAAUAUCCUCAACCACUAG